AUGGAGGAUGGUGAUGAUGACAUCUCUCUGACUGCAGAUGAACAAAAUUGGAAAGACAACCAGGGAUCAUCUGAAAAUGAUGCUGCUUUGACUAAAGAUGAAAAAGGCCUGUCCCCUGGAGAACAGUACAUUGUAUCCUCCACUUCUCCAAGAGAAGAUAAUCCAUACGUAUCUCCAGCUACAUUUGAUGAAAAGGAAGAUUUAUCUGACCAAGACAGUGAAAACAAAACUUUCAGUUCUGAUACUAAUCCUGUUGACAAUUCUUCAGAGCUUUUGGAUGAGAACUGUGAUGAACUGCACAAUAAUGAAAGAAGUGAAUCAUCACCAUGUGCACCUAGUGAACAACCUACUUCUUCAGAGGAGAAUGACAGAAUUGUUUCUCAAGAUUAUUUUUCUGAACCUCAUGAAGAUCAAGGUGAACAGUGUUCUGGAGGGGAAGGAAAUACAUUUUCCUGUGUGGAAGAAACCGAGAAUGUUAAUUCUUCUCUGGGAGAAGAGGAAGAGGAGGAAGAAGAAGAAGAAGAUCAUCAAACCUCAGCAUCUUCUGAUGAAAUUGCCUCUAAACUUCCUGAAAGUUAUUUGCAAAGUGAACACUUUAAACCAUCUGAAUAUUCAAAUGAGAAUGAUGAAGAUUUUAAAUCCUCCGAUUUUCAAAAUGAUGAGUAUGAUGGUGAACAUGUAAAAUCACCUACUUGUCCAGCUGAAAAGUAUGAUGGUAAACAGUUAAAAUCACAUAUUCAUCCAGGUGAAUAUGAUGACAGACAUGUCAAAUCACCUGAUCAUCCAGAUGUGUAUGAUGACAGCCAUGUAAAAUCACCUAAUCAUCCUGAUGAUUAUGAUGACCCACAUGUAAAAUCACCUAAUCAUUCAGACGAGUAUGUCACACAUGUAAAAUCACCUAAUCAUUCAGAUGAGUAUGGUGACAUGCAUGUAAAAUCACCUAAUCAUUCAGAUGAGUAUGAUGACACAAAUGUAAAAUCACCUAAUAAUUCGGAAGAGUAUGAUGAUAGAUCUGUAAAAUCACCUGAUGAAGAUGAGUAUAAUGAACACUUAAAAUCACCUGAUCAUCAUGGUGAAUAUGAUAGAGUUUUAAAAUCACCUGAUCAAGAUGAAUAUGAUGGGCACUUAAAAUCACCUGAUCAUCAAGAUGAGUCUGACAGAUAUGUAAAGUCACCUGAUCGUCAAGGCGAGUCUGACAGACCCUUAAAAUCAACUGAACAUCAAAAUGAAUAUGGUGACGAACACUUAAAAUCUCCUGAGCAUGAAGAAUGCUUAAAAUCGUAUGAUCAACCGGAUGAAGAGUAUCAUGUUGGACAUUUAAAAUCACAUGAUCAUUCGGAUGAAGACUGUGAAAAUGUGCAGAAAUCUGACAGUCCUAGUGAAUUCAAUGAUGAAAAAGUAUGCAAAUCUGACAGUCCAAAUGAAUACCAUGAUCAAAACAUUCAGAAAUCUGACUGUCUAGAGGAGUACGAAGAUGAAAAUUUCAGAAUAUCAGAUGACCCAAAUAAUGAUUGUAUGAAAACAUCUGAGCAGGUUAAUGAAUUCAGUGACAAAAGUUUUGAAAAGUAUGAUCAUUCAAGCAAGGAUGAUUUAAAUGUAAAAUCACCUGAUCUUAAUACAGAAUACACUGAUGAAAACUUAAAAAAAUAUGACAGUUCAAAUAACCUCAGUGAUGAAAACUUUGAAUCAUUACAUCAUCCAAAUGAAGACGUCGACAAUAUUGUGAAAGCAUCUGAACAUCCUAAUAAAGAUGAUGAUAGGACAUAUGAUCAUCCCAGUGAAGAAUUUAGUGAUGAUACCCUUAAAAAAUUUGAUAAUUUAAAUGACGGUGACGAAGUUGAAAAAUUAUCAGAUUAUCCAAGUGAAGAUCUUGGAGAUGAAGCACUUAGAAUAUCUGAUAAUUCAUAUGAAGGCACUGAGAGUGAAAACUUUCAAAAACAAGAUCAGCCAGAAGACGGUAAUGAGGAAGAAUGCAACACUGAACAGGAUAGAAGUUGCAGUGGCCCACUUAGUGAUACUGAUCUUCAACAUGAAAACUAUGAUGAGGAUAAAGAAACAGAAGAACUAUCCCAAAAUGAAAAUUACAGAGAUAAUUGUAAUGCCAAAGAUGUUUCUCCCUUUCCUGAGGAAAGUGCACAUAACGACAACAGUUGUGAUGAAGAUAUUGAUUCAAAUGAGAGAGAUUUGGUAAUGGAAGUUGAUGAUGAUGCAACACUGCAAAAUGUUGAUGCCCAUGUUGAAAUUUCUCCUGGAAAAGGAGAAAGAGAUUGGGAAGAGGCAGAUGAAAAUCCAAUUCCAAAAGAAGUUGGUGACCCAGAAGAUUUAGGGAGUGAAUCUGAAUGUACUGAUGAGCAGCUGCACCUUAAAAUUGUUCACAGUCCAAUUGCAAAUGAGCUGCAAAACAUACGUGAAGAAAAUGAUAUAAGUGAGCACAAUAGUGAAAUGGAAGUGAAACAGCAAUCAUUAAAAAAUAAUGCUGAUUUAGUUGUUUGUGAUGGAGAUGCUGUUAAACUUGUGGAGAGUGAGGUGGCAAGAGAACAAUGGAUUGAGACGAGAAGGCAGGAAGAGAAAGUAACCUCGUGCAACUCUGAUAAUGAGGAAGAACCACCUUGCAACAGUCCAUUGAAUUCAAUAGAAAAAUCAUCAGAAACUGAAGAACCAAAGUUUGGAAGAGUAGACGAAGGAGAAACAAUAUCUAAGAUAAACGAACAAGUUUUUGAGACAUAUGAAAUAAAAAGUCCAGAGAGAUAUGAUGCAAACAAGAUUAUAUGUAAAAAAGCAUGUGUGCAAGAGUGUCAUUCCAUGAAUGAUGAUGAUCAUGAUGAUGCUGUGAGUGAUAAUUUGUGUGUGAACGAGGCCAAUAAUGCUGAAAAAGUGAAUGAUCCGGACAAUGUUGUGAAAGUAAAUGGUGAGAUAGAGAUAAUGGACAGUAAUUUACUAAAUGACAAAGAAUCAAGUGUUUCUUCAAAAGAUAAAAUUGGAUUGAAAAGAAAACAUCAGACUAGUCCCACUCAAGAAAUAUCAAGCGAUAUUUCCCCCUCAGAAUCUGUCAAGGGCAACAUUCAAUUCAAAGGCUUUAAGAAACGAUAUAUUGCUCAGGUGUCAGAAGUAUCCGCAAAGGAAUCUCCGGAUGUAUCACCUUCAGUUCAAGAAGAACUAAGAAUAAAAAACAAAAGGCCUUCAAAAAAACUAGUAUUAGAGACACCACAGGUUUUAGUAUCUCAUCAACCAUUACCAGAUGGUGCACAGGGCAACACACCUCUUACGGAAUAUGCUCAAUACUUAGGUCUGCAACCAACAGUGAAGUUCAAGUGUUACAAUUGUGGAGAAUCUGGCUUCCCAUCUAUGUUGAAGCUUCAGGAACAUCAAAAUGUGUGUUUAAAAAACAUCAGGAUUCACACUUACACAAAACCUCCUCCAUCUCCAAUUGUAGAACCAGCACCAUCCACAAAUUUUCGCAUAACUCGAAAAGUGUAUUUAUGUUCAGCAUGUGGAACAUAUUAUGAAAAUUGGAAUUUGUUUUUGCAUAUGAGAGAGGUACACAAAAGGCACAUUUGUUUAUUUUGUCUGUUAAUGUUUUCACAAGCCGACAAAUUAGCCCAACAUUUGACAGCGAAGCAUGAAAUUGCUGACAAUUCAUAUAAUACACCAGAGCACUUCUUAAACGAAUUUAAAGGAUCGUUUUUUGUUAUGUGUUGUACAUGUGAGCAAAUGUUUUCUGAAAGAGAUAACUUCUUUGAUCAUUUGUGCAAAGAUACUUCAGUAGGAAAUACUGAUCAAGCUUGUUCAUUAUGUGGGUUGAAAGGUGCUCAUUUUCCUACCUGUCGAAGAGCUUUCACAGAUAGCAGUUCUUUGGCUUCACCAUCUCAGAAUAACUCACAAACUGCUGCUGUUAAUACAAGUACUGAUACUUCUCAAAAUUCUCAAUUAAACAUGCAAGAUAAGACCUCAGCAUCCAAAUUUUCUGUUCAAACAGAUAAAUUAACAACUGGGCGCAAAUCACUUAAGUUAUCUGAACAAAAUCAUGAUCGAUCUGAUAAAAGUCAUAACACUAGAGAUUUAGAUGAUGAUUAUGAUAUUAGUGAUGCAGCAAGCUAUUGUCAUGUAAAUAUUCAUGAACCAGAUAAACAGAAAGUUGUAGGUCCUGAUGAAAAUAUUGCAAAUAAAGAUGGAACCAAUGAUGAAACAAAUAUAGAGUCAGAAAAAAUGGAUGGUGAGGACGACGAUGAUGAACAACAACCUACUGAAGAGAAUCGGAACGCAGCUUACAUUAUGGAAGAAACGGCAAAAGAUAAUAGUGCUGACAAUAAUGAUAAAGAUGAUGAUAAAAUUGAAUCUGUAGAUUUAGUUUCACAAGAUGAGAAUCAAAUGGAGGUUGACCGAUUAUCGCCUCACUUCACUGAGGAUAAUGAAGAAAAUAGACAAAUGGAAGUUGAUGAGAAAUCUGAACCACCACCACUCAUCUCUUCAAAUGCCAAUGAUGCUAAAGUAGAACCUUCAUCAGUUAGUGAGUUUAAAUCCCCAAAAGGUGGUGAAUCGGAAUCGGAUUCAUCUGCAUCAGGAGCAGAUAGUCAUGAUAGUGAUGGCUCUUCUUCAAGUUCAGAAGCAUCUUCUGAUGAGAAUGAACCUGAGGAUAAGGAGCCGCAGAAGACUGUUAAGUCUGAUGAAUCUGAUAUUGACAAAUCUGAUAGUGAUAAAAUGUCAAUUGUUGUUGAUGAUGCAAGAAGUGAGGAUGAGGGAGAGAAACAAGAUGUUGCAAAUGAUGACCAUUCUGCUGCAACAGAGAAUGAAACUAAUGAAAUUCACGAGUCCAAAAAUGAUAUUUCUAAUGAAUCGGAUGUUAAAUUGACAGAGAAACCCACAAAUACUACUGAUUUGGGGGAAGAGCCACAAGAUAAUAUUCAGAUUGCUGGAGAUGAUGUCCCAUUACUUGAAUUGACUCUUGAAGAGUCCCUAGAUGCUUUAUCAAUUCAGUCAAUAGUAAAAGAAUGUGUCAAAAUAUCAUGUAGUACUUGUGUUUACUGCAAUCAUGCCAAAAAGAUAGCUGUUAACGGUAAACAACUUGUGUUGCAUCUUCUGGCAGAGCAUAGGUUUGAACCCGUUGUGUGCUCGGAUAGUGGAGAACUUACGCCUGUUUUUGGAUUCGUGGAUAAUUUAAAAUCCAAGUUAUCAGAGCUUCAAGAUAUGUUUUUUAAUACAGACACUUAUGACAGUGCUGAUAAAAGUUUUACAAGACCAUAUGAUCGGACAUACGAGUGCUUUCAUUGUCAUUUUAUCACUACUCUUCAUAAAGAAUUAUAUGUCCAUAAUCGUAAAAUGCACCAAAAGACUAUUCUUCUUUGUAUUAUGUGUAAAUCUAAUUUCUACAGUUACAGUGAGUUGUUAUGUCAUCUUUGCCCUGGCAUAUAUGUACCUGAUAGUAAUAUAUUAUUCCGCUGCUGUUUAUGUGUUGUUGAUGGUUUACCCUCAGCAUUUCGAUUAAUGGUUCAUCUUCGAAAACGACAUCAUGCUUGUGAUGUGUGUUUGGAAACUACUGGAGACCAACAGAAACUCUCAAAUCAUGUAUGGAAACAUAAACUUCACCAUUUGUGUUAUCGAUGUGGUAUAGCCUAUAGAAAUAAGCCAGACAUUACUAAGCAUUUGUUCUGGAAACAUGGUACAGAAAGUGUUUUGUGUAAAAAAUGUUUGCAGAAAAAGUGGCCACAUGUAUACCAUUUCUGCAUCCCACCAACAGCUUUUCUGUGUGAAGAGUGUAAUGCUAGUUUUACACGUGCUGUAGCUCUCAAAGUGCACAAAAGACUUCAUGCUGAUGAUGUACCUUAUCAGUGUGAUGAGUGUGAAGAAAGAUUUAUUUCCAAAAAACUUUUGAGAAGGCAUAAAGAGAAACACAAACAAGUCGUUUUUGAAAAAGACUACAAAAAUAAUGAAAAACUGAACGAAACAGAAACACAUGAAAUGGAACCAAAUGAAAUAAAAUCUCAUAGCGCUGCUGCAGAAAAUGAUGUUGAUAAAGAUAUUAAAGAAGAGGAUUCUGAAUGUGUGGCAGAAAAAUCAACAGCAACAGCUGACACUUCAGGAGGUUCUGAAGCUCCUGAGGAGAUUUCUAAGGAGGCAGAUGAAAUCAAUUCAAUUAAAUUCCAUGAAGAAACAAAAAGCGACAAGAAAUCAAAAGUAGUUGAUGUGUAUGAUCUUCCACCUUUAAACUUAUCAUCAGAAAGUGACGAAUCUGAUGAAGAGCCAAGCCCAACAAGCAAGCAACCAGUAAAAGACACUGAACCUGAAGAUAAUGUCAAAAUGGUUUCAAAUGAAAAUGCUGGCGAAACACUUAAAUCUCAGGAUGGUGAACCAUCAACUGAAGAAGAAGUGCAGCCUGUCCAGAUAGUAGAUGGUGUUUGGGAUAAUUUCAAAACUUAUAAAGCAAAUUUAGAAAAGCGAGAAAUUUUGCAAGCACAAGCUAGUGGAAGUUUAGUUGGUAGUUCUUCAACUUCUCUGGCAGAUAAUAGUCUAGAAAACCAUGCUAUUGUUGAUGUUGUUAUGGCUGAUCAUGAUUAUUGUGUGUUGCCAGAGAAACCAAAUGAGGACAAGAAUACUCUUUUGAAUGCUAAUUCUGCUCAACCAUUACUUAAUAUAGUUGGAGAAGGAGCAGAAACUGCAGAAAACUUGGAUGAUAAAGGUGGUGGUUUUGGUGCUGAUCACAACUAUUGUUUCAAUACUUCUCCUCAAUCGGAAGAUAAAAAAGAACUGACUGCCCCUCUUCCACCCAUCCCUUCUGCUCCACCUCUACAAUCUCCUCCUCUCCCAGUAUCACAUCCCUCACUUCCCACUCCGCCUCCACCUACUCCUCCUGCAUCUUUGACUUCAAGUCCCAAGAAAAAACAGAAAUCUCCAAAGAAGAAACAGAAACAGAGCGGAAGUUCAUCCUCGAGUGAUUCCAGUAGCAACAGCGAUUCAAGUAGUUGUACAUGCGGAACAAAUUGUAGCUGUUCCAGUUCAAGUUCAAGUAGUUCUGGAUCUUCAUCUUCUAGUUCUGAUUCUGAUAGUUCUAGCUCUGAAGGAAGACGAAGGCAGGCUGCAAGAAGAGAGCGAAGGAGAGAAAGAACAAAACGAAAAUUGGAAACCGGAUCAAGAGGAGGGACUCCUCCACCUGCAAUGGGAUUGUCAACAUCAGCAACAGAAGCAGGGUGUGGACUAAAUGCAUCAUUAGAAACUACACACACUCCUGUGCAAAUGGAUUCAUCCGGUGCAGGGUCUUUGCAAGUUGAUGACAACCCAGUUAUGGCUGCUCCAGAACCUGAAGAAAAUGAGUUGUUGAUACGGGAAUCUGAUCUAGAUACAACAGAGACUGAAACUGAUGAAGAUUUUUAUGACAAAUAUCCCCAGAGGCAAGCUAAUAAAUUGCUUGCUGAGAAAAGAAAUCAGUUGCUUCUUUUGGCUGCUGUUGCACCUGUAAAUAAUGGAACUAUAGCUCAACCUAGUCCUCCACCCCCACCAGAAGUUCAGGAACCAGUACAAAAAAAGAAAGGAAAAACAAAACGACAUAAAAAAGCACAACAUAACUCUGAAAAGAAAAUAGAAAGUAAAUUAAAGUUAAACAUUCCUGUUUCUUAUUAUAAUAGUCCUUCUUUUUCUGUUGGAAAUCCAGGACGUCCUGUAUCACCAGUAGCAAAUUCCCAAACCCCUACCUCGUCACAUGUAUCUAGACUACACCAUGACACUUUCUCUCCUGCUAAUCCUGAAGCUUCGUCAACUCCCACUGCAUAUCACAGUACAGGUAGUGGAUCAGAGACAGAAAGUAAAAGGUUGUCUAAGCGGAAAAGAAUACCUAAAAAAUUUUAUGGUGAUAGUAGUGACGAAGAGGCUGAAAACACACCACAUCAACCGUACAAGUGGCGAAAAGUAAUCCCUGCUAGCAGUAGUACGCCUCAAAUUCAACCACCUCUUUCUAGUGGUUUUGGAUACAGAGCAGUGAGUGUAAAUGUUCCACCUCCUGAACCAGUUCAUGUUCAACCAUUGUCUGUACCAGAAAAAUCAGAUGAUGAAGAUGGUGAUGAAAGUGAUAGUGGCCAUGAAGCAAAAAGAAGUAGCAGUGAUUCAUCAAAUAGUGAUAGUGACAAUGAACAGUCUGAUGCUGAUAGUGAUGUUGAAACUGUGACAACAGUGACAAAUGCAGUGUCUUCUGUGAGUGGUAAUGUUACCCAGCAAAAGAAUGAGAAUCUCUAUUGUUAUUGUCAAUGUCCAUAUGAUGAGGUAUCAGAGAUGAUAGCUUGUGAUGGAAAAGACUGUAGUAUAGAGUGGUUCCAUUUUGAAUGUGUGGGAAUAAUGGUUCCCCCUAAAGGAAAAUGGUUCUGCCCUGACUGUCGGAAAAAGACUGCUGCAAGAGGUGAAUAUUUACUGCAUGUUUAG